AUGCAGGAUUAUUUGAAUAACGGUUAUAUGAAACUGAUUGAACGGCCGUUCCCGGUGGACGGACCUGUAUUCUAUUUGCCCCAUCAUGGGGUAGUCAAAUCGGAUAGCACUACCACAAAAUUGCGGGUCGUAUUUGACGCCUCGGCGAAGGAUUUGAACGGCGUUUCGUUGAACGACGUAUUGCGAUCCGGGCCUAAGUUACAGACGGAUAUAGUCGUGAUAUUGUCGAGGUUCCGGGUAGGCCGCGUGGCGCUCACUGCAGACGUCAGACAAAUGUUCCUUCGGAUCUUGGUCGAGCGCGGUCAAUGUGACUACCAGAGAAUAGUCUGGCGUUUCUCGGAGAAUGAUCCGAUAUUAGACUACUUGAUGUUGACUGUCACUUUUGGAUUGACGUGUUCUCCGUUCCUGGCAAUCGCCUGCUUGUUGAAAUUGGCAACGGAAGGCAAAGUGAGCUACCCUCUGGCCGCGGCGGUCUUGGAGGAGAGCGUCUAUGUCGACGACGUGGUGGCGAGCGCCGAAUCUGAGGGGGAAGCCCGUGAGCUUCAGCGGCAGUUACAAGCUUUGCUUAAAACCGCGGGUUUCGGGCUCAGGAAAUGGGCCAGCAGCCAUCCGUCAGUCUUAGCAGGUCUCGAUCCAGAGCUUUGCAGUCAAUCAUUGCUAUCGUUUAAAUCCUCGGAAGAUCAGUUUCUCAAAGUUCUCGGACUUCGUUGGUAUCCUCAAACGGACAACUUCGGCUUUCAGGUCCACCCGUUGGACAGAGAUUGUACCAAACGCACCAUUCUCUCGGAACUGGCUCGUAUUUUCGACCCGUUAGGCUUUCUGACUUUCCUUACGUUUGCAGCUAAAAGACUGAUACAGCAACUCUGGGUGCUCAAAUUAGAGUGGGACGAUAGGCCUCCUUCGGAAGUAUGUUCUCGAUGGGGACGAUACAAAUCGGAACUCCCCGCGCUAGCUUCUAUUCGCAUACCUCGUACUAUCGCCAUGGCCAACGUAAUCCGACGGGAGAUACACGGAUUUUGUGACGCGAGUGAACAGGGCUACGGAGCCGUUGUAUAUAUUAGAAUCGUCGCCGAGGACGGGGUACUGAUUCGAAUGCUCAGCGCCAAGUCAAAGGUGGCCCCGCUUAAGGCCAUCACCUUGCCGAGACUCGAGCUUUGCGCAGCCGUUUUACUGUCGGACUUAGCGGAGUAUAUCGGGAACAUCCUCCGGCCUAAGAUUACUAUCGACGGCACGUAUGCGUGGUCUGAUUCCGAGGUCGCGCUCGCCUGGAUACGUUCGGCCCCCCACCGUUGGAAGACGUUUGUGCGCAAUCGUGUGGCCCGCAUCCAGUCCAACACAGAUAUCUCUUGCUGGAGACAUGUCGACACCAAGUCUAACCCCGCCGAUUGUUGCUCAAGGGGCUUGUUUCCUCAAGAAUUAGUGGAUCACCAGCUUUGGUGGACCGGCCCUGCGUGGCUCGCCGAAUUCGAGCCCACUCCAGAAACGAUAUUGGAGACUGACGAUUUUCCGGAGGAAGAAAAAUCUCGUGCUUUUGUUGUUGUAAAUCCUGCUGAUGUC